AAACUGGCGCUUGUUUCCGGCCGGACGGCUGAAAGCCACCGAUCCUGAACCAGCAGCCGGAGUCAGAGUGGGCGACCGGGUUCCGUGGAGCAGGCAAAAAGGAAAAAAAAAAAAAAAAGGAAAAAAAAAAAGAUCCACGGGGGAGGCCAGUCCCGAUCAGUCCCGUCUAGCUCCGGCUCAGAUCCUGUGUGGAGCGACAGCCGCGGUCUCAGGGUCCGCCACCACCUCCACCUCCAUCGUCGUCGGGGGAGGGGCCGGCCGGACCCCCGGGUCACUGCCGAGGAAUGAGGAGAGGCGGCCGGGCCCCACACUCCGCCCCGGCCUAGGGCCUGGCCCCGAAAGUCGCGAGGGUAACGGAGCCCCCCAGCCCUGACACCCUCCCCGGUCUGCCCCCGCCCCUCCCACCUCUGCAGAGUCCCAGCCUCUGCCCCUCUGAUCUCUACUGACCCCCCCCCCCCUUUCUCCGCUCUGAUAUCUCACCUGAAGCCACUUCCCCUCGGAGCCCCCCGGUCGCCUGACUGCCCCUUGCUUCGUCCUCACCCCCUUCCCCACCACCCCUGCCUUCCACCUGCACCCCGCGCUCCUCGCCCCGGGCUUUCCUGGCCUCCUCAAGCUGCGCUGGGCAGUUUGGACGAUCCUUUCUGGUCAGCCUAGACUUUUGGGGAGGGACGGAAGAGUUGUAGAAUGGUUGAGAUGCAGGCUCGAGUCCCCACAGUAGGAUAAAGUUCAUCUUAAAGUCUCUAUAAAGGUAAAAAUGAAAAGAAGACGAGCUUGUUCCUUGUCGAUAGCCAAACUGAGGUGGGGGCCUGAAUUUUGAUCUAUGUUCUGUCCACAUCCGGCUGCCUGAAAGUACUUGAUGAUCACAUGACCCUGGACAUGGAUGCUGUUCUGUCGGAUUUUGUCCGUUCUACAGGAGCAGAGCCAGGGCUUGCUCGAGAUCUUCUGGAAGGAAAGAAUUGGGAUGUGAGUGCUGCCCUUAGCGAUUUUGAGCAGCUGCGGCAAGUCCACGCUGAGAACCUGUCCCCACCCUUUAGUGGAGGGAGUAGUGGCUCCAAGUCUCCUGAAAAAGGAUGUUCUGAUAGAGAGUCCACCCGCCCUCCCAGACCCGUCCUCCAGCGGCAGGAUGACAUCGUUCAAGAAAAACGCCUGUCUAGGGGCAUCUCUCACGCCAGCUCCAGCAUUGUUUCCCUGGCCCGGUCCCAUGUCUCCUCCAAUGGUGGGGGUGGGGGGAGCAAUGAGCACCCCCUGGAAACGCCCAUCUGUGCCUUCCAGCUUCCAGAUCUCACUGUGUACAACGAAGACUUCCGUAGCUUCAUAGAGAGAGACCUCAUUGAGCAGUCCAUGCUGGUUGCCUUGGAACAGGCAGGGCGUUUGAACUGGUGGGUUAGUGUGGACCCUACCUGUCAGAGGCUGCUUCCUUUGGCAACUACUGGUGAUGGGAACUGCCUCCUGCAUGCAGCCUCGCUCGGAAUGUGGGGUUUCCAUGAUCGGGACUUGGUGCUGAGGAAAGCUUUGUACACACUGAUGGAGAAGGGAGUGGAGAAGGAAGCCUUGAAAAGGCGCUGGAGGUGGCAGCAAACACAGCAGAAUAAAGAGUCAGGACUGGUAUACACAGAAGACGAAUGGCAGAAGGAAUGGAAUGAACUGAUAAAGCUUGCCUCAAGUGAACCUCGAAUGCAUCUUGGUACCAAUGGAGCCAAUGGUGGUGGGGUGGAGAGUUCGGAGGAGCCUGUAUAUGAGAGCCUAGAAGAGUUCCACGUCUUUGUCCUUGCUCAUGUGCUUCGGAGGCCCAUAGUGGUCGUGGCAGACACCAUGCUGAGGGAUUCUGGUGGGGAAGCAUUUGCCCCUAUUCCCUUUGGAGGAAUCUAUCUGCCCUUGGAAGCCCCAGCCAGCCAGUGUCACCGAUCCCCUCUGGUGCUCGCCUAUGAUCAGGCACACUUUUCUGCACUUGUGUCCAUGGAGCAGAAGGAGAAUGCCAAGGAACAAGCUGUAAUCCCACUCACAGAUUCAGAGCAUAAGCUGCUGCCCUUGCACUUUGCAGUGGACCCAGGAAAAGCCUGGGAGUGGGGAAAAGAUGACAACGACAAUGUCCGACUGGCCAGUGUAAUUCUAUCCCUGGAGGUCAAAUUGCAUCUACUACAUAGCUACAUGAAUGUGAAGUGGAUCCCUCUCUCCUCUGAUGCACAGGCUCCUCUGGCCCAGCCUGAGUCCCCCACAGCCUCUGCUGGAGAUGAGCCCCGCUCUACUCCUGAGUCUGGCGAAUCAGACAAGGAGUCAGUAGGCAGUGGUUCUACUGGCAAUGAGGGCAGCAAGCGGAAGGACAAGUCGAAGCGGGACCGGGAGAAGGACAAGAAGAGGGCAGAUUCUGUGGCUAACAAACUGGGAAGCUUUGGCAAAACCUUGGGCAGCAAGCUGAAGAAGAACAUGGGAGGCCUGAUGCACAGCAAGGGCUCUAAGCCUGGAGGGGUGGGCCCUGGGUCGGGAAUAAGCAGCGGCACCGAAACACUGGAGAAAAAGAAGAAAAACUCUCUGAAGAGCUGGAAGGGUGGCAAGGAGGAGGCAGCUGGCGAUGGGCCUUUAUUGGAAAAGCCCACGUCUGAGUCUAUUGGAAAUGGAGGGAGCAAGUAUAGCCAGGAGGUGAUGCAAAGCCUGAGCAUUAUGAGGAUUGCAAUGCAAGGGGAGGGAAAGUUUAUUUUUGUUGGAACCCUGAAGAUGGGUCACCGCCACCAAUAUCAGGAGGAGAUGAUCCAGCGCUACCUUUCUGAUGCCGAGGAGAGAUUCCUGGCAGAGCAGAAGCAGAAAGAGGCAGAGAGGAAGAUCAUGAAUGGAGGGUUAGGUAGUGGGCCUCCUCCAGCCAAAAAGCCCGAGCCCGAUGGUGGGGAGGAGCAGCUGCCUGCCCCCUCAGAGUCCAAGGCGAUGGCCUUCUCUACUGGCUACCCUGGGGGCUUUACUAUCCCUCGACCUACUGGGGGUGUCCACUGCCAGGAACCCAGGAGGCAGUUGGCAGGGGGUCCCUGUGGGGGAGGCCUUCCACCCUAUGCCACCUUCCCCAGACAGUGCCCUCCUGGGCGACCCUAUGCCCACCAGGACAAUAUCUCUUCUCUAGAGCCAGGCAAGGAUGGAGUUUACAGGGGUGCAUUGCUACCACCCCCCUUCCGCGUGGCUGAUUCCUAUAGCAACGGCUACAGAGAGCCCCCUGAGCCUGAUGGAUGGUCUGGAGCUCCCCGGGGGCUUCCCCCAACCCAGACCAAAUGUAAGCAACCAAGCUGCAGCUUCUACGGACACCCUGAGACAAACAACUUCUGCUCCUGCUGUUACAGGGAAGAACUGAGGAGGCGGGAGCGCGAGCCCAGUGGGGAGCUGCUGGUGCACAGGUUCUGAGUGGGUACAAUUCUGGAGGGCAAGGGGCUAAACAAAGAAAGUUCAGCUCGACUCCUUGGCUUAUCGAGACCCAGUCCCGGUGUUGAUGGGGCAAAUGCAGAAAUGUAUGUGGAAGCCUGGCUGGAAACUUUCCCGUGUGCGUGCGCUGGAGUGCUGCUGCCAGACUGGCAGGAGCAGGACAGGGCUGGAUGGUGCCCAAAGGGCCGGGCCAUCCCUUCCUUCGCAGAGCUUGACCUGAUGGGACUGAGGAGAUGCAAUGGUGGAAAGACGGUGAUUCUAUCUCUCAACCCUUUGGGUCCCAUCCAGAACCUAAGGGAAAGUAGUAGGGGGAUGUUUGGUGUGUUGGGGUGGGAGGUGGGCCGAUGUCUGGGGGAAGGAAGAACAGGUAAAAGGCUCAGUCAAUUAAAGAGGAAAAAACAAUACACAGACCAAAGUUCUUUUAGGGCGGAAAAAAAGCCCAUGGUGGUGGAGUUGGAAGUGUGGAGGGAGACAGACAUUGGACACAUUUGCUAUUGAUUGGAAUUGAGGCAGAUAUUAUGGUUGGACCCAUUUUUCCUCCUAAAGCAUCUGUAAAGACAAAGCAAUAACCUGUGCUCUGGGGUGCUUGUUCUGAAGAGGGGGAUAGUCUUAAGACCCUAUUUAUGGAGAAAGGAAAUAGAAGAACUUAAAAGGGGAUUCUUUUUCCUUUUACGUUUUCUUUUCUUCUAAAUAGUCAUUUGUUAUCCAUCUAGUUUGAGAGGAGAUUGUUGAUUGCCCCCUAUUUUUUCCUUAUCCUUUUUGAGGACUGAGCUCAAGCUAAGAAGGCUAUAAUUUAAAAAAAGAGAGAGACUUUAAUUUUAUUUAAAAGAAAACAAAAAACAAACAUUCCCUGUGGGAAAGGGAAGUGAUGUGAAGAGCAGCCGCAGCCGUGUGUGUUGCUUUCUUCAGGUUGAGUGGGUGCCGCGUGAUUAUUUUUUAACUACUUAGCAAUAACCACAUGGGGUCUGAGCGCACCUAGGAGGGCUGGGGGAAAGGCAGACGUUUGGCCUGACUGUUUCAAACAAAAACCAAAAACCUACAUAGAGCACGACCAUCCUCUGCUGCUGUUUCUGUAAAAGCAACUUACUUUAUUGACUAAUUUUUUAAGUAAAAGAAACAAACAAAAGGACCCCAACAAAAAUACACUCAAAAAGUUAAUUGCUAUUCUUUUUUUCCUAUUUAAGAGAUUCUUUCUCCUUCCUCUCUCCUUGUGGAGAAUGGACUUAACAUCCUGGCUUCUUUUGUUAAGCCAUAGCUGACCUUAAUCUGUGGUUAGUUUAUUAAAAUAAUAAUAAAAUACUUUGUAAGAAGUGAUAUUUUUGAUAUUAGGAAUGAUGUUGAAACAUGGGGAAGGGGGUUAAGGGCAGUUUAUAAAGGUAAGUAAGAGAAAUCUAUUUUAGUGAACUAUAACCACAGAUCACAGACUAGUCACAGUGAGUUCAUAUGUCUUUGGAUUUCCCCCUUUCUCUCACCCAGGCCUUUUCUCCAGGGACUGGGAGUAGGGAAGCAGACACAGAAGGGAGGGACUCUUGCAUUUUGCACAAAGCACAAAUCUGGACAGCCUAUACCCUGGCCAGAGCCAUUACUAAGAGCUUUAAACUAGAACACUAAUACUGGGCCAAUUUUCUUUAUAUUUUUUUCUGGGGGGAAAAAAUCAUCUAUGCAAUUGUAUACACUCAUGGGUGCAUAUGAAGAAGGGAGAGUAAGUGUACUUAAGUAUCGAGAAUGUUAACUGGGGCUGUUUUUUGUAUACCAGGGUUUUGCUGUUGAGGUAUAUACCAGCACCCAUCUAGUAGAAUGUAAUCAAUCCCCACAUAUAAUAUAAGGCACAUGUGUGUGUGUUUGCGUGUGUGUGUGCUUGUGUAUGUGUAUGUGUGUUUUUGCGGACUCUUGUUUUCAUAUAUUCCUUCUGCCCCAUAGAGAAAGUUUUCGUCCUAUUUUCCCUCAAUAACAAAGCGAGUCAAGACUUCCUCCUCAUUGGAACGAUUCUGCUUAGAAAGGUUCCUUUCUCUUCAGUGAACUCAAAAGUCAUUUAUUUUCCUUCCUUGUUGGUCUGUUGAUUUAAUCAUUCCCCAUGGCAAUGCUUAGGCUUUUUUUUUUUUUUAAGAAGCCAUGAGGUUCCAAGGAGGAGGCUUAUGUAAUUCAGGAUAGGGAGGGAACCCAAUAUGAAAGCACUUGGGCACACAAUUUAAAAGUCUACUCAGUAAUCAGUAGUUUUUAAUUCAUCAUUAGAAAAUUAAUACCAAAAACCUAUGUUGAACAAAAUACCAAAACCUUAGGAUUUGACAGGACCAGGAUGAAGGGAAUGAGGCUGAAUCAAGCAAGUGUGGGGAUGAAUCUUGUCUUUAUUUAAAAUUUGGGGUUGAACAUGUUAAAUUGACACACCUUUAUACAACUACUUAAAGAUGAAAAAAAAAAGACAAAACUUUGGGCUGGAGACAUGGCUCAAAGUGGAAGAGCACCUACCUUUAAAGCAUGAGGCUCCAAAUUCAAUCCCCAGUACUGCCAAAAAAAAAAAAAAAAAUGGUAUGUUGUUCAUCAUGAGGUUUUUUUUUAGCAUUAACUUUUGCUUUAAAAAAAAAAUU